AUGUUGUCCACAUUCAUCGCCACGUCUCUCUUGGCUCGCUUCGCGUCUGCGCAAGCAGUGCACGGUACAGGUGCUCUGGGAACUACCAUGGGCCCAGUUGCUUUCCUCUGGCCUGCCGACCGGGCGUGGGAUGCAGCCCACGACAACAACGGACCUUGCGGUAGCAAUGCGCCUAUUGUGAACAGAACCGAUUUCCCUCUCGGAGCCGUCGGAUCCAUCGAGACGACCAUUGCUGAUGAUGCCUAUAACAUGGCUGUCCGCAUCGCUUAUGGCAACAACCCUACUACCCAAGAUCAAUUUCAGCCCGUCAUUGGCAACGUCGCCGAGCUCGAACCAGGUCACCAGUGCUACUCGGUCUCUACCGCACCUACUGCCACCCCAGGAUCGAAUGCGACCAUCCAGCUCGAGUACUGGGCCGACGACAGCGGAACCCAGGAGUCGUUCUUUGCAUGUGCCGAUGUCACGUUCGUUGAGGCCGCUACCUUCUCCCUCGAAGUCCCGUGCUUCAACGUCACCGAAGACGAGUUCAUGCCAGUAGAUCCUGCCUCUCCAACUACCCCAGCUACAACAACUCCCGUCGACACACUUGUUUCUGCUGACAAGGACGACAAUGAUGAUGAUGAUGAUGAUGGACUGAGCACAGGAGCCAAAGCUGGCAUUGCUGUCGGUGCUAUUGCCGGUGCUUUGUUGCUUGCAGCAGCUGCUUUCUUCCUUAUCAGACGUAAGCGCUCUGCUGCGGCCAAGGAAACUGAGGCUCUGCCACCCAUGGGCAAGGUUUCUGACGCGGCUUCGAUCGGUUCGGCCCAAACCGCUCGCGGUUAA